AUGAAUACAUUUGAAGAACUUGUAUGUUCCUCUUCUUUGGCUGGUGAAUUUGAACAAUACGCACUGCGUCUGUCAGCAGUCAUCAUUUUUUUCUCCCUUACAGCAUUUCUUGGGAAUUCUCUGAUCUUAGUUGUACUUCACAAGGUGUCUUUCCUUCAUCCGCCGUCCAAACUCCUGUACCGUUCUCUGGCAACAAGUGAUCUGUUGGUUGGUCUCGUAAGCCAGCCUCUCGCUGCCACUCUUUGGAUGUCAGUUCUUUUCGAAGAGUGGAGACUUUGUCGAUUCGCAUGGGUGGCAGCCUUCAUUUCAGGGUAUGGAUUAUCUCUUAUGUCUUUGUUGACAAUGGCAGCCAUGAGCGUGGACAGACUUCUCGCCCUGUUGUUGGGGCUGAGAUACAAACAAAUUGUAACUUUGAAGCGCACAUAUAUCAUUGUCGUUACUCUUUGGAUUGUAACCUUUGUCGCUACUCUAUGCAACGUGUUAGAUUCUCGUAUAGCGCCUUGGUUUGGUCGAAUUGUCAUCUCAUGUUGCCUAUUAAUCUCGAUUGCUUCAUAUGCUAAGAUUUUCUGUGCUCUUCGCCGUCAUCACGCUCAGGUACAAAGUCAUGUUCAACAACAGCCGAGCCAACCAAAUGCAUUGAACAUGGCGCGAUACAAAAAGGCAGUGUACAGUGCACUGUGGGUGCAGUUAGUGUUACUUGCUUGUUAUGUACCAAUGAGUGUAGUGGGAAUUUUGAUGGCUCAUAUAAAAAGAGAUUCAUCACAUUUAGUCGUCGCUCUUGGAAUAGUGAAUACCCUGGUUUAUUUUAACUCGACUUUAAAUCCGUUUCUUUACUGCUGGAAGAUUAGUGAAGUAAGAAGAGCAGUUAAGCGGACAAUCAGACAAGCGCUUUGCUGUCCACGGGGUUAG